AUGCCCUUAUUUAGUCUGCAUUCUACAACCGGCUUACUGAGACCAUUCAUGUCAAAACCUUUGGCACGUAUAAAGCUUCAGAAAUUAUGGAAAUCAACUUACAACAUUCUUCUUAAAGGCAAAAACCUUAUAUUAAUGGGACCUCCGGGUUCUGGGAAAACCUCAGUGGGCAAAAUACUUGGCCACAAGCUGGAUUGUCCGGUUGUAGAUGUGGAUGAUGAUGUCCUUGAAAAAAAAUGGAAUAUGAGUGUCUCAGAAAAAUUGCAGGAUGUGGGUGACGAGCAAUUUUUAGAAGAGGAAGGGAGAGUCCUUUUAAACUUUUCAACAUCUGGAAGUGUAAUUUCUCUUACUGGGUCCAAUCCCCUUCAUACUAGUAGCAUGGAGCAUGCAAGGAAAAAUGCUAUAGUUGUUUAUCUUGAUGUACAAACACAGGAUAUCAUUGAUAGACUGGAAUGCAUGAAAGUGGAUCGUAUUGUUGGCCAAAGGUCUGGAGCAUCAAUUGGCGACAUACUUCAGAAGAGGAAAAAUAUUUAUAAAAAAUGGCAUGAUGUUCGUGUGCUCUGCCAGGCUGGGGAUGAUAUAGAGACUGUAGCUGACAAAGUGAUUGAUGCAGUAAACAGAUACCAAAAACAGGAUUCUGAAGCCUUUCUUUCCACUAGGUCUUCGUCCAGUGAUCAAAAAGCAAGAGAAUGCAAAACAAAAUACUUCAGCGAUGCAGUUGUGGAAGGUUUGGCUUCGGAUGGUGGACUUUAUAUCCCAGAAGAAGGAAUGCCAAAAAUAGCUGCUGGAGAUUGGGAGCGUUUAAUUAGGGCAACAUACGCUGAAAGAGCCCAGGUAAUAUUAGAGCGAUGCAUACAUCCUGCUGAUGUCCCGGCAAUCAUAUUAGGAGAAAUUAUUGAAAAAGCAUAUGGAGAAAAUUUUGAUUGUAACAAAAUUGCACCGGUAAGACAUUUGGUGGGGAACCAGUUUAUUCUUGAACUCUUUCAUGGACCUACAGCAUCCUUUAAAGACUUGGCACUGCAGUUCAUGCCUCAAAUCUUUGCUUAUUGUAUUCCAAAAACGUGCAAUUAUGUCAUCCUGGUAGCAACCUCCGGAGACACAGGAAGUGCUGUGUUGGAUGGUUUCGGCAGUCUCAGUGACAUUGAUAAGCAGAGAAUUGGUGUGUUUUGCCUGUAUCCUGAGAAUGGAAUAAGCCCACUUCAGAAAUAUCAGAUUCUUGUCAGCCAAGGACAAAAUAGGCAGGCACUAGGAGUCCAGUCUGACUUUGAUUUCUGUCAGACUGCCAUUAAAGAGAUAUUUAACAAUGCAGAUUUUACUGGAUUUCUUACAGCCGAAUAUGGGACCAUUUUAAGUACAGCUAAUUCCAUAAAUUGGGGGCGACUGCUCCCCCAGGUUGUGUAUCACGCAUCUUCAUAUCUUGAUCUUGUCAGUCAAGGGGUUAUUAGUUUUGGGAGCCCGGUGGAUGUAUGCAUUCCCACUGGAAACUUUGGCAAUGCCUUAGCUGCCGUAUAUGCCAAACAAAUGGGAAUCCCUAUCCGUAAAAUUAUUUGUGCCUCUAACCAAAACCACAUUCUAACUGAUUUUAUUAAAACGGGUCACUAUGAUCUCAGGGGUCGAAAGUUACAACUGUCUUACUCUCCGUCAAUUGACAUUCUGAAAUCUUCCAAUUUAGAAAGAUACUUGCAUCUCAUCUCAAAUGGUGAUGGGCAACUUGUCAAAGAAUUUUACGGACAGUUGCAAAACCAGGGUCACUGCCAACUGCCAGAUCAUGUAUUCCAACUGCUGCAGCAGGAUCUAAUCAGUGACUGGUGCUCUGAGAAAGACUGUUUAGCAGCAAUCCAUUCAGUUCAUAGUGCAACUGGAUACAUUUUAGACCCCCAUACAGCUGUUGCCAAAGUUGUUGCAGAUCGAGUGCAAGAUAGGACUUGUCCAGUUAUCAUCUCAUCCACAGCUCAUUAUUCCAAGUUUGCACCUGUUAUUUUACAAGCUUUAAAGAUUGAAGAUCUUAAACGAAGUCCGCUAAGUCAGCUUCACAUACUCGAUUCAUUUCACCCUUUACCGCCUUCUCACAAGCAACUGUUAAAUACUCUGAAAAUGAAAGAAAACACCGAAAGCAAAGUUUGUGAAGCCGAUUCUGAUACUGUGAUGGGCCACAUGGAAAGUUUCGUUCAAAAUACAUUUCUGAAAGUGUUCUAA